ACAAUGUUGCAGCCCUCUGAGCAAGACAUAGAAGCAUUGGAGGCCAUCCUGUGACUGCAGUCGCGCAGAGGAUUGGAGGAGGGGAAUCGCUCACGAAGGGAGGGAGGGAUUGGAGGACAGAGUUGCGAGGCAAACCAGGAUCACAUGAGCAAAGAUCUGUUUACAAACUGAAACUGUGCGGCCAGGAAAGACGCAGGAGCCUUCCUGGAGAAUAUUACUGGCUGGCCUCACUAGAACACAUCUAUAACUCCAGCUGCUUGCGUUUUGGCUGGGAUAUUUGUUGAAUGAGCUAAGGGACUAUUCAUUUUUUGGUCCACUUUACCGAUGGAAGGAUUGAGAGAGCAGAUGGUUUUAGGUGGAGAGAAAAAAUACUCCCCCACACAGACGCACACAUAAACACUCCAGUGGCUUGAUGGUGGCGAAGAGACUGCUCUCUUCCAUUUCUAAACCGCUUGCUGUUCGAUAAAGGAAUAUACCUCAAAAAAACAAGACGGGUCGAGAGCAACGUCAAGGAGGAAGAGCUAGAAGUCUCCUGCAGUAAGGGUUUGAAGGAAGACAAGAGGCUGUAGAUGGAGUCUUGUGUGUUAUGGAUGUUUAGUGCUCGCUAAACCACCCUACACAGGAAUUAUUCUUAAGGAAUUUGUUAACUUUAGUGUAUGACAACACAAAGAAGACCACAUCUGAAGUGGCAUUCAGCCACAUAUGGACUGGUUCUCAAAGACAAGAAGAAUUUCAAGGGUGUAUUAUGGACCUUCUGUCUGUGUAACAAAGUACCUUGUGCAUAUUCACAUCGGCGGAGCCAAAGAGUGAUCGGAAUCUUUUGUUCUUCGAUGCUGACAUCAUAAAAGCGGGAUGAAUGGAGGAAUAAUUGAAGUAUAAUCAAGACAGCACACCCUGUCAUUUGAAGAGCUGGUCUUUAGACCCGUCUGACCUAAGUUACGGGAAAUUGUGGGGAAUAAUUUGAGCUGGAAUCAAGCUUUCGGUUGUGUCCUCCAGCCCCCGCAUUGCCUGUUCCAGACAAGCAGUGAGUUUGCAGCAGUGCUUGGCGUCGGAUUACAUGCAACCAUUCCAAUGGUGUAACGGCUGCCUCUGUGGUCUAGGGCUGCAGCAUUCAGACUGUGAUAUGUCAGAAGAAGACAUCUACCGUCUGCCGCUCAAUGUCUAUGUCAUUGUCCUGGGCAUAGGCAUGUUCAUCUUCAUGCUCAGUGUAAUCUUCUGCUGCUAUCUGUUCAGGUUGAAACAGCAGAGUACAAGGGAGCAGUACAGCUACAAUGAGGUGGUGUUGAAAGGCGCUGGAAAGAAGCUGAGCCUGCUGGGACAGCCCUGUGCCGUAUGUCUAGAGGAAUUCAAGACUAGAGACGAGCUGGGCGUGUGCCCGUGUUCACACACCUUCCAUAAGAAGUGCCUGCUGAAAUGGUUAGAGAUCCGCAGCGUCUGCCCGAUGUGCAAUAAACCCAUCAUGCGUCUACACAACGCUGAUGCCCCACGAGGAGCCGAGGGGCUGCAAGACCCAGAGGAGGUGUGAGCCCAGAAACUGUACGGCCCACGGCCAGAUUAACUCCCUCUGCGAUUGUUGGAACAUAUCACAUGACCUGCCAAGGCUCUCCAAAGCCAUCUAUAUGCACCGCCACAGCGGACCGGAGAACGCAAGACUCCAGGAUGACAGCGUUCAGCUUCCACUAGUGAUUCAGUACCUUAUUGCCAGUAGCCAAACUUAAGAAUAAUCUCCUAUAUAUUGUGCCACAAUAAUAAUAAUAAUAAAGUAGUAUUGUGCCGAGGUUCUAAAGCGAGAGAUACAACGUGCAUGCUGUGUAACGGACGUCAAAAUGAGAGGUAAAAAAUCUCAGGAGUUUGCCUCAGGGGCUCUAACCAGGCAACAAAAGAAAACAUUAAACUUAGGCAAUUCAAAUUCUGCUGUCAAUGGACAGCCGUAUAUAUUGUAGGUUUGUCUGUUUGACUGGUACGACGGUCUUCUUGAAGAUCCUGCGUAGUCCUUACAGAAAUAUUAAAUAUAUAAUCAGUAACCAGCAGUUCUUAUCCAAUAUUGUGUUCAUUGUUUGAAUUGUUCCCUUUUCAUUGUUAUUUUGUAUUGUUUGUUUUUCGAAUAAAAUGUCAUGUUUUUGUG